AUGCUUCAAAGAGUCUCCACCAUCAGGCCUGUCCGUCUGGCCAACACCAUUGCCCGCUGCGCCACAUAUGAGGUUCGGGCCUACUCGACUUCGGGAGACGACUCGGCCAAGGUCAGCGCAGUCUACAAGCGUCUCGGCGUCGACAUCUCGGACGCCUCUCUCAUGACCCAGUCCAUCACCCACAAGUCCUUCUCCCACGGAUCCCUCCCCACCAACGAAAAGCUCGGCUACCUCGGACGCACAUUCUUGCAGAUGCAUGUGACGGAACAAAAGUGGGAUAAAGUAAAGUCGAACAGGACUUUGAGGUCAUCGGUCGCACAUGCCACCGCCUCCGACAAGUUGGCCAAGGUUGCUCGCUCCAUGGGUGUCGACGAGGUCAUGCGCUGGAAGGCUGCCUCCUCAACGGACUCAAAAGUAGGAGAGGACUCGGUGUUGGCACAUACGAUGGAGGCCAUUGUUGGAGCAGUGUACCACGACAAGGGAUCAAAGGCAGCAAGAGAACUUGUCGCCAAGCAUAUCUACACCUACUAA